UCGAGGCUAACGUCCAUUCCUUCCAACAUUGGGAACCGAACCACCGUCUUUAGGCCAACUGCCCGCAAACCUACGCGCAUUGUACAGUAUAUACAUUAUACUUAAUAUAUAAACGAAGGAAGAAGACACCAACCAUAUCGUCUACGACAACAUCAAGUUUUGACGCCCACGCUUGGCUCAGCAGGUGAUGGGACCAGCUCCAUUCUUCUACUACAACCCAGAACCAAACCCGGAGCACCGACAGCAUGGCCACUUCAGCCAACAUCCUGCUCUGCAGCAGAUGCACAUGUUUCCAAUCGUGCCUACGCUCCCCUCGACCCCAAUCUACUCCAGACCCAACUCAUCUUGCUCGCAACCGCCAAUGCCAGCCAAGGUCUUCAACUCUAUGUCGUCCCACAUGACGCCGAGGGCAUCGCCUCAGCCCACUUCUCACAAGGCCGGCAUCCUGCUCCAAACUGAAAUCUACGACGACGGUUUCUAUUACCCGGCCACGCCGCCACUGUCCACAACUGGAAGUAGCAUGGGAAGCCCUCACAGCAACGAUGUUUUGGCAACCCCAUUGAACCCCAUGUUCUCCGGCCUGGAUGGAUGUGAGACGGUCAAGCUCGAAGUCGAAGUAGUGCCCGAGCAAUUGGAUGUGCUGGACUGGUCUAGCUGCGGAUCGCCUCCAUUGACACCUCUCUACCUGCAAUCCCAACCCGGCAAGAACAUUUCGCUUAGCUCGAGCUUUGCCAGCGACCUCGUUUCCACCACAUCGUGUCCAUCCCUCUCACCUUCACCCUCACCGUACGCAAGAUCAGUCGCAUCUGAACAGGACAUUGACUUUUGCGACCCACGCAAUUUGACCGUUGGUGGCGCCCCCACUACCUUGGCACCAGAGUUUGCUGCACCUGCCAGCCUCGACGAGUUCAGGGGUGAUGGCCUCGUGAAGCCAGCAUCCUUGUCCAAUAACACCUUCGAGUUCAAUCCCGAAUUGCACCACGGUCUGCCUACAUUUGACGAUAUCUCUGAUCUUGAAUCUGAGGACGACUUCGUCAACGGCCUUGUCAACCUUGGCGACCACUCUGUUAUUGACAUCAAACGCUCGCGGUCUGCCACCUGCUCAACCACCCUGUCCCUGGGCCACGAGUCUUUCCUUGGUGGUGAAACCGAGAUUAACUACGAAGACACCACCUCGUGUUCCGUCACUGGACUUCCCAGCUGUUGUAAUUCAUCUGACUCCGACGCGCACGCAGACAAGAAGGUCAAGAAGUCAAAGAAGGAUUCACGCAAAUCUGGACCCACCAUGGAUGUCGCUGCCGAUUCCACCGAGCAUGGCAGCGAAGAGCAGCAAAUUCCUGACCAGAGUGAAGCAAGUGAGGGAAAGAGCAAUGCUGCAUCGACAAACUCUGACUCGGCCUCUACCCCCCUUCCUGCGCCACCCAAUCGCCGGGGCCGCAAGCAAUCUCUAACUGAAGACCCGUCCAAGACAUUCGUCUGCGAGCUCUGCCACCGCCGCUUCCGCCGACAAGAGCACCUGAAGCGUCACUACCGCUCACUCCACACUGGUGAGAAGCCCUUUGAGUGCAACGAGUGCGGCAAGAAGUUCUCUCGAAGCGACAACCUCUCCCAGCAUGCCCGCACCCACGGAAGUGGUGCCAUAGUCAUGAACCUCAUUGAUGAUGGCGAGGGGAGUCUUGAUAUGAUGUCUCAUCAAGGCGAUGCCGCCGACUAUCACAAUUUUGGCAAGGUCCUCUUCCAAGUUGCCGCUGAGAUCCCCGGCAGCGCCAGUGAACUCUCUUCUGAGGAGUCCCCGAAUGAGAACUUCGGCAAGAAGAAGCGCAAGCGCACCGAAUGAAUGACAUCAGCUGGUACCUGAGAUGUACAUGUCAAGAACGAUAGACUUCUUUGGCAUACGCCCGACACGACAUUGACGAAUUCUUCACAAAUAUCCCACCUACCCCGCUAGCUUUACGCGGAUCGGUCUUUAGGGUCACAAAACGGAUCAGAGGUUG